GGAGGGCAGUGGGCGGGGCGGAGGUGAGGUUGGCGCAGGAGGGAAAGGGUUUGUGCGCGGGAGACAAACGGAGGGCGGGAAAGACUGCGCGGUGAAGCUGACACACCGAGAGGCGAGGGGGAAAUCACCGGGAGAGCACACCGGAGGAGCAGUCACCUGGUAACCUCCAGUUUAUAUAGGAAACACAUAAGAACAUCACCAGAAUCAUGGCGAAAGUCCAGAUAUUGAACAUGGUGGUCCUCGAUAACCCGUGCCCCUUCCGUAAUCCUUUCCAGUUUGAGGUCACUUUUGAAUGCAUAGAGGAUCUACCCGAUGAUCUGGAGUGGAAAAUAAUAUAUGUGGGUUCAGCAGAAAGUGAAGAAUAUGACCAGGUUCUGGACUCGGUGUUGGUUGGCCCUGUCCCUGCUGGGCGUCACAUGUUUGUUUUUCAGGCGGAUGCUCCAAAUUCGAGCCUUAUUCCAGAGUCUGAUGCUGUGGGAGUUACGGUCGUCCUGAUCACUUGCACCUACAGAGGACAGGAGUUCAUCCGAGUCGGCUAUUACGUCAACAACGAGUAUUCUGACCCCGAACUGAGGGAAAAUCCUCCUCUGAAGCCAGACUUCUGCCAGCUCCAGAGGAACAUCCUAGCAUCAAAUCCACGCGUGACACGCUUCCACAUCAACUGGGAAAGUGUUAACGAAUCAAAGAUGGAAGACAUCGAGAACGUGGACCCUGCUUCUCACGCCAUGCUUCCCCCAUCCUGCGCCCCCACCAAAGGCCUGUCUGGAGCACUUAACACAAUCCCAGAAAACUCUAUGGACUGCAUCUGAAGGCAGCAGCGCUGGGGCACAUGUGAGCCUUCCAAAAGGGAACCUGUGUACCGCCCACAUUGUCCGAAAACCUAAAGAACGUACAGCAGCAACAUCUCACCUCAGGCUCGGGUCUGUCUGACCAUAGCCAUUCUUAUUGGGUAUGAUGUCCUCAGACACUGCCUUGUCCCAUGACGGUGGUCAUGUCAUCUGUAUAUACUUUUUUUAGUCUCACACUGCCUCCUUUUUAGGCGAAUAAUUUGGCUUCUGCCUUUCUCAGAUAUCGGUGACUUGGCACUGCCAUCCUAUUAACUAUACGUCAUCCUUGGCAGCGAAGAUAACACUUGGUGGAAUAGAUCAGCUCUUGUGCGAGUCUUUCCUGACUACGGUCCUUUGUUACUGCCGUUUAUAGGUUCCCUUCACUCACCUGAGUCGCUGCCAUUUA